AUGACGCAGCAACCCGCAUUCACCGUGAAAAUUGCCUGGCGUUGUCCGAUUGGCGGAGUUCCGUACGGACUGUCUCAGUAUGACUAUUCAGAUGAAAUACGGCAGAUGAUCGACCAGAAGGGAUUCUAUGGCAGUGAUCGCUCUUUCCAGCUAAGCAACACCAACUCGGCGUCCACAACCUUCCAGCAAGUGAAGCAUCUCCUGCAGGAAGAAUGGGGAGAGUUUGCAGAUACAGACACGUUAGGCAUGGCCUGGGAGGCAGCGGCAGAGGACAAACGACAAGAAGGAACCGUCAAAGUUGAACUGCAAACAAUGGCGAAUUAUCUUGAGCAGAUCGAGGGGGUCAUGGGCUCUAGAGGCGAUAGUCAACACUCCCUUGUGUCGGCUAUGAAAGGCUGGCGGCAUCAUGCGAAUGCCUUGAAAUAUCUCCGAGGGAAGCAGAACAGUGUUCAAGGCGAUGAGGAGGAGCGGGCAGUUUUGGAAUCGAAAACCCAAGAACAAGAGACACUCGCGCAGCGCUGGGGUCAAUCUGCCACGAAGAAAAUGUCGGAUUGGUACAGACUGGUUUCCGGGCACGAAGCGGAACCCGCAGAAGAAAAAGAUAUCGAAUCCCGCUUCAGGAAAUGGAUUGACGACAAGAUUGAAGUGCAAGAGAGAUACCGCGAGAAAAAGCGAGCGGAAGCCGAAGACCAAUCGCACGAUUCAGCCUUCAGUCCCAAUCGGGUGGUAUGUCGGUCGUUGCGUGAUGAAGGAUCCGGUCACAUCAGCGCCGACUAUGGCAGCUUCAAUCUACGUUCGGGAGUCUUGCUCUGGGGCCAAUUGCCUACAAUUUUUUCUGGGUCCAGAAGCGAGCAGUUCCAGAGGAAUGCGGAGUCCGUCCCAGACACGCUGCCUGGUGGGACCAUUAAGCAGUCGGUUCAUUCGUACCGUGCGGCUGCGAGAAAGGGACGUUGGACAGUUCGUAGAGCCUUCACCGAUGACGCUGCAGGGAAUAGCCGCGAUGGCCUGGAUGGGAAACCGACUCGACACCUUGGCUGGGUUGUGUCUCAUGAGGAUGUCGACCCUCUCGAAGUCCUCACACGGUGCAGCAGCCUCAACCCAGGUACGGGGAGAGUACACGGGUAUGAUCAGAUUGAUAAGGUAGGUGUUUGA